UACUUUCUACCUUGUCUUGUAAAAGAGUUGGGAGAGAUCAAUUGACGAAUUGACAGUGUGUUUCAGAGCCUCAGAGAUCAGAAUUAAGCAUGAACAACACUGAAGCAAAUAGAUGUGGUAGCUGCUUCUCCACCGAUGAUUACUUUUCAUCCAUCAGCUCUUUGGUCUUCCGGGGAUAUAAGCUACUUCGUGAAGAUAAACGGCGUGCACUUGCGGUGUUUUUGGUGAUGUUGAAAACAGUAUCAUUGGUUUUGGAUGUGGCUGGGCAAAGCCCCUUUAUUAUCCAUCUUGCUGCAUUUCUCUUAUCAUUCUCUGGUUUUGUGAUGACAAUUUUAACUUGUAUGCCGGAAAGAAUCAGAGGAGAUGCUGAGAAGCAGCUUGGGGCCUUGGAGAUUGGCUUCUCAGUGGUUCUGUUGAUUGGUACAUUUCUGCCAGUUUUGGGCAUCAAGAUCAACAACAAUUAUACAGCACCUGUUUUGCUACUAGUCUUCGCUAUUAUUGCUGCUGUUUUCACUUUCAUAGAGGAUGAAAACAUUCUUGGUUAUUUAAAACACGCAAAUGAGCAUGAGCUUCAAUUAAAGGAGCCUCCGGUGACGACGGCGGUUUUGAAGCUGGCCCAUCUCUGCGGCGGUUGCACAGAGAGGAUUCAGAAGACUCUGCUAAAAACCGAAGGAGUGCGGCGUAUGACAGUGGACGAAGAGAAAGAGCUGGUGAUUGUUGAAGGAACAUCAACAAUGGACGCUAAAGUGUUGGCUGAGACUCUGAAGGAGAGACUGAACAAGCCCGUUAAGAUCGUGCCACCUAAGAAAGAAAAGUGA